AUGGCGGCCCGCAGCUUCCUCGGCAUCCACCCGUUGCACCACAGCAAGCUGUGGUACUUCCUCUCCUUCGGCGCGUUCGCGUGCCUCAGCCCGUUCCUGCCGCUCUUCUAUCGCUCGUGGGGCAUCGACGAGAGGCAGAUCGGACUGAUCAACUGCUUGAGGCCGCUCGUGUCGUUCUGGGUCACGCCGAUGUGGGGUGCGCUCGCGGACUGGAGCGGGCGACACAACGCCAUCCUCUUCGCCAAGAUGCUCGCGCAGGGUUACGGAUACAGCGGCCUCCUCUGGCUCCUCCCUAACCACUCGUUCAAGAUCCUGUUCGCCUACGUCGCCAGCCUCGAGGCGCUGUGCUGCGCCAACAACUCGCUCGCGGACAGCUCGACGGGGCAGAUGUGCAGGCGCGCGCGACGCCUCGGCGAGUCACCGAUGGGCGGGAUCGACUACGGCUCGCAACGGCUGUGGGGGGCGGUGUCGUGGGGCUACAUCUUCGCCCCACUGUCCGGCGCGAUUCAGACCUUCUCCCCCGCGGGCGUCAAAGCCGCCUUCCCCUUCGUCGCCUUCCCGGCGUUGCUCACGAUGUCCGCGUUCGUGUCGCUGGGCAUGGACUUCACCCCCGAACACGGCGUCCCUAUCGAGGAGGACGAGCGCGACGGCGGCGGAGAGGCGGAGGAGGGCACAGCUGUGCACACAGCUGUGCCAGUGCCGGGCGGAGCCGACUUUCGCACCCCGCGCAAGACGACGCUGGAGAUGGCGCGGGUUUACAGAUCCUCACCCGACGAACGACGCCCGCGGGCUGACGAGGAGGCGGCGAACGAGCCAAACGGGCCGCGCGCAUCUCCCGCCAGGAUCGAUCCGAGGACCGGGUACGCGGGUUUAGGCCCGGGGUUCAACGGCGCUCGCACGCCGACGAGGGAGGGAAGCGUGAAGGUGCUCGGCGUGGACCUCUCGGUGCACGAAGAGUCCGACUGGGAGGAUGGGGAGUUCUCGGACGACAGCGCCGCGGCGACGGGUGAGGUCAAAACAGCGGACGCUGCCGUCGUGGGUUCGAUUCCCCGACGGGGCGAACGGGCGGUGGCGUCCCGCGUCUUCGCCGUCGUCGCCCAGCCCGAAGUCGCGCUCCAUUUCUUACUUUUUCUCAUCAUGGGCGCUUCGAUGGCGGUGACGGAUACGUUCCUGUUCCUGUGGCUCGAGGAGCUCGGAGGGUCCAAAUUUCUGAUGGGCCUCGCGCUCAUGUUCACGUGCCUCUCCGAGGUUGUGGUGUUCGCCAAGGAGGCGGCGAUCAAGCGCGCGUUGUCCACGGAGUGGUGCGUGGCGCUCGUGCUCUUCUGUUACGGCGUGAGGCAAGUCUUCUACGCGAGCCUCGGUCGAUGGCCGACGCCGUGGGUCGUCCUCCCGGUUCAGCUGCUGCACGGCGUGACGUUCGGGCUGUACUGGAGCGUGGGUAACGCGUUCGUGCACGACAUCGCGCCGCGCGGGUUGAACGCCGCGGUAAUGACCGUGUUUGGCGGAUGCGUCAGCGGAGGCGGCUUUUUGGGGGCGGUGUUAGGGGGAAUGGCGUACGCGAAAUACGGCGGAGCGGGGCUUUGGUUCGGGGUCGGGUGCGUCAACUUCGCGCUGUGCGGGGCGGUGGUUGGGAAGAUUCGUCGGUGCGGGGGCGGCGGGGAUCCAACGGCGCGGGGUUGGCGGCGGUUGGGCACCGACGAGGGUGCGUAG